AUGGCUUCUCUGGCUAACCCAGGGACAAGGGUUGACUAUUCCCAGGAGACCUCGGCCGGUUCCUGGGACGAGUCCCAUGAGGAGUUCAAGCGAGCCGAGACGGAUGAGUUUGAAUACUUAACAACUUACGCCAAAGAAGACAUUAUUCCAAAGAGCGAGACCGUCACCGUCAGCACCAUCCGUGCUCCCGCCGGAACUGCCCUGCUUCUCUCUUCACUUUCAUGCGUCGAGCCUCACACUGAAGGUUUUGUCAUCACCACGGUCUCGAACCCUCUUGAGACGGAGCCUCCUCUUCUGACCGGCUCGAUCCCGAGCCCAACGAGCCUGUUUCAGCCUGUCAAGACCACCACCGACAACCCCGAGGAGACGGGUCUAGUCAAGAUGGCCACCAGCAACGACAUAUUUGCCAAUCCUAUCGACACCAGCGUUCCCCUCGCCAUGUUUCAGAGGCAGAGAGAUCACCCGUGCCCUCGAAAGGGAAUAACUAAGACGGGUCCCCUUUCGACCAACAAGUUUUACUCCAACUUCUUCCUUGGAGACCAGAAAGGCCCAGUGUAUACCUUCCCUUACUCGCUUGCAUGGUCUGCUGGAGGAGGUCCCGCGGCGAGCUGGGGUAUGGCUAUCUCUCUCAUCGACGCGAGUCAACGAGUAUUUGGCCCGGUUCAGUCUAAUGGCGCCGCGGAAUACUACAUCAACCCCGUCGGUAUCCAAUCUAUGAUCAUCUCCGCCAAAGAGCUGGGCACCAACACAGUCCUGACGAUGGACUCGCUCUCCCCUCACUACGCCAGAGCUAUGCUUAGAAAGGACAGCUCGUCUGCACCCGCCAUCACUUUCCCCAUCGCUCAAGGUAGCGUCUUUACGACUGCCUACUUCAGCGGUGCCACGCCCUUCAUUCAGUCCGGCGUCUACUUCAAGAGUAUGACUCGAGUGGCAAAGGACCCCAAGACCAACGUGCGCAAGUUCAACUUUGUCCUCGAGGACGGCACUACCUGGCGCCUCUAUGCAUACAAGACCAAGGGCGACCCUCUUGACCUGAAGGUUGCCAACAACGGUCUUGCUUCGUCCUCGAAGCCCUUCUACGGCUUAAUUCAGAUUGCCAAGGAUCCCAAGUCGAGCAAGUCGGAGGCCGUUCUUGAUAACGGCUGUGGUAUCUACCCGACUGGCAUGACGAUCAGCGGCUCCGCUGUCGGUGCUAAGGGCACCUACACCUUCACAUGGUCAAAGUCUGGUCAUGCUACCGGAACCUCUGGAUGCAUGGCGGUGGGAGGAACCACGUGGACCAUGGUCGAGCCAUCAAUGCCCGUCAAUAUGAGAUUCGCUCCUUGGCACACAAGCCUGGGCAGUCGAGGAUUGUCCACUAGCGCCCAGAACAUCAUCAAGUCUAUCGCGCAGUUGGAAUUUUCGCAAGACAUGAUGGGCCAGUCUGAUUUGGAGUCGAUGUACUUUGCUGGAAAGGCUUUGGCCAAGUUUGGCUCUAUUGUCUAUGUCAUUAAUACCCUCUUGGGAGACAAGGCUCUCGGACAAGCUGGUCUGGCCCAGCUCAAGAAGGCUUUUGCCAAGUUUGGUUCAAACAAGCAGAAGUACCCUCUUGUCUACAAAACCACUUGGGGUGGAGUUGUCUCAUCCGCGUCGUAUGUCACAGGAGACGCGAACGUUGACUUUGGCAACACUUACUACAACGAUCACCACUUCCACUACGGUUAUCAUAUCCUCACGGCUGCCUUUAUCGGCUCCAUGAAUAGCACAUGGCUUGCCGCGAACAAGGCGUAUGCAGGCUGGCGAUCAAUUCAAUUCCAUCAAUUUCGCCUUCGCGUGGCGUUGCGUUGA